AGUGCCGGACCUGCCGGUAGCAUCUUCCUUUCCAUCAUUUUCUCCUCGUUCCACGCUUCACAUCCAACCCAAAAUUUAAAACAUUUUGGAGGGAAAGAGAAAUGGAGGAUUCCAUAGGGAGCUUCUGCAAAACCCUAGCUUCCUUCUGCAACCAUCUACACUCCAGUUGUCACGCUCUCAAACAAUCCGUCGACCGCCGCCCUAUUCCUCUCGAUUCGGCGUCUUCCACCUUCGUACAAUGCCUCAAGCGCAGAAUAUCAUCCGCCAGCAGUGAUCUCAACCUGCUUGAAACGAUGUCAUUCGGGACCGUCUCUUUCGAAGAGCUGUUGGGUCACUGCAGUGAAGUUUAUAAAAAGAAUCAGAGCGAUCUUUCUGAGCUCGAAGAUCGCCUAAGGGACUAUGGAUACGUCCCCAAUCUUGAGAUUGAUGAUGACGAUGAUGAGGCUUCUGGUUUACCAACACCUCUGGGUUUAGACUCAAGGAUUUCGGAUUCUGCAACUGAUUCGAUUGGCAAGAAGUUCGAUGAGGACCCUCUAUCAGAUGAGUCAUUAAGUUUAAAGAAUCUUGGUCUUUCUGAAGUUUGCCUUGCCACUUUAGCAUCAGAAGCUUAUGAAGAGAUUGAUAACCCAAAUAUAUCCUGGGAAGAACCAAUUAAGCUUUAUGAGGAUAAAUUACACAAUGUAGAGGGGCUAUCUCAGUCUGCUACAAAGAUAUUAGGGUCCAUUGCAGGGGAAGUGGGAGAUGACUUGAACUCAGUUGGAGCUCCUAAAUCUGUGAUAAAUGUAUCAAAGAAUGAUUAUGAACAGCUCCCUUCCUAUAUGAAAACCUUGGUAUCAUGGGAGGAUCUGCUUGCUACUGUGGAGAAGAUGAACUCAGGGCUGAGGAAUAAAGAGAGGGGCAACUUCUUCCACCAACAUGAACUUGAAUCAUUGGAGUUGGGACCUAAAGCGAGAUCUUAUCUGCUGCUCCUCGUGCGCAUGAAUUUGCUGGUCGUGGAGACGGUUGACGGUUCAAUUUCCUAUCGAGUAUUGAGCAGGCAUUAAAAUAUAACUGCUGAGGUAGCCAUUAGACCCAUCUUAUCAUCAAUGUGAGCACAGUUUUCAAACUCUUGUAUUGAAAUAUCAUGUUGCCAGUUGCUCCAAUUUUCAAAGCAUAUAAAACCAAAACCGUGUCAUGUUCCUCUUUUAGUCACAUGGAAGUGUGUAAUUUUGGGUAGUGUUCCUCAGUCCAAAUUAUAAAUAACUGCAUCCAAGAUGAGAUGGCCGAUCAA